GGGGGCGAUAAAGGAGUUACAUUCUAAAGUCUGAGAACGACAACUCAAGUGAAAGUAAACAAUCAAGCUGGGCUCUAUUGGAAGAACAUUCAGUCCGAGCACUCGAAGUUUCAAUUGGUACACCAUAUUUGAUGACUGAUAUCGAAAAAAAAUGUACCGUGUUGAGUUUAUUUAUUUAAAAAAAAUUGUCUUUUUUUUAAUUUCGGUUGAUCGAGUAGCUGUCAAAACAUUAUAAAUGAUUUUAAUGAAUGAAAUAGCCCAAUAAAGGUUCGGUGUUUCAAAUGAUUGAAUUUUUUCUCACAGCAUUAUUUGUGUCGCCGAAGUUUAGCUUUAGACUGGCAAAUGUCCAUACCAAUGCCGAUUUGAAAUAGUGUUUUUCGAUGUUUCAAAUUGCUCGUAAAAUAAUCGCUGUUCACCUUAGCGAUUUUUCAAGUUUCAAAGCUACACAACGAUUAUUCUACGAGCCAAUUGAUUGCUAUUUUGUGUAACAUAAUAAUCUGUGGGUGUGUGAAUGGCCCUUCCAGCGCUACUUGAUACUCAGUCACGAUCAUUAUGAAUGUCAACACGCUAUCACCCAGCGUUCCAUACAGGCAGUGUUAUGCAGCCGCAGUGUUAUAGGCGUUACCGUAAAAAAGGAAAGAUGCGUUAUUCGUUACUUGUCAAAUGAACGAACGCGUUACCGUUACCGACAGAAAGUAGCGCACGUUACUUUUGCGUUACUUUUUAUUUAGAAAUUGACGGUAACAGCGUUUUUGUUUUAUUUUGGUGACAGCGUUUUUCGACACUGGGAUGACGGGCGCGGGCGUUGGAGAUUUUCUAAAGUGGAAAUUCCGGCGUGGGAAAAAGAGAGGAAAAUUUAGAAAAUAUGUAGAAUGAGUGAAAUAAUUAAUUACUUCAAUCAUGUACUACGUUAUAGCUUAAAUCUAGACGCAGCCGACGCUUAGAGCUAAUGGAACAAAUCAAGCAGUGUCAAAAUCACAAGUCACUGGGCCAUGAAUGUUUAUGGUUGGUUCAGCAAAGAUUGAACAAGUACAGAAACACGGACAACACCAUAAUGGUUCUCUUUUCCCUCUCUCUGAUAAUUUCCAUCAGCUUGUAGCGUCAGCUGCGUCUGGACUUCAGGUAAAACGAAGUAUAGAAACUGGCAAAAAAUACAGGUGUUCGUUUUUCAAUUAAACUUGAGGAAAAAACAAAAAGGGAGGGACAAACACGUUUUCUUCCUCAAGUUUAAUUAUCCCUACCAACCCGCUCGUUCUGUGCUAACAUCGUUUUUCAAGUUUUUGGAAGAUGUAACGAGUAACGUAAUUACGUUAUCCAUUACUUGAAAUAACUAACGCAAGUACGGUACCCGUAACUGUGUUGGAAAAGUAACAAUUACGUUACCAUGUUACUGAAAAAAGAAAGGCGUUACCGGUAACGACGUUACUUGUAACACGUUACCGCCAACACUGUGCAGCAGCGACCGCGGCGGCUUGACUUCCCUUCUGCGCUUGGUUAGCAGAACAUGCAAGCCACCACAGCUGCCGCACCGUGGGGCUGCCAGAAUCGAGUCUUUAACGAUCGCCUGUAGACAUUUACAAGCUUUGCGAAUUAACCUUUUUAAGAUCUCAAAUGAACGAAUAGCCACUGUAGGCCGCACCGGCAUAAUGUAGGUAUACUGGACCAUGUUCAGAACAAUUAAAAAUGCGCCGACCUUUCUUGUUCUGUCGUGUCAUCCCAACAGACUGGAUAGGAGCAGGCUGUGGCGACAAAGUGGAUACCUUUGACCAUGACAGCCGCAGGAUUGACACCUCUACCCAGACCAACAAUUCAGGCCCACACAAGCAGCAAACGCACCGACGACCGGACAAGCACCCGUGCCGCUUCUGUCCUCACUCAAGCUCUUCCGCAGCGGAUGUCGCAAUCCACGAGAGGACUCACACUGGCGAGAGGCCCUUCAGUUGCGAUGCCUGCGAGAAAACAUUUGCGCGUAAGGAUUGCUUCACAGCUCAUGUUAGAAUUCACACUGGAGAGAAGCCGUUUAAGUGCAACACGUGCAGCAGGGCGUUUACUCAGAAAACCAGCUUGACGAAUCAUGAGAGAACUCAUACUGGAGAGAAGCCGUACAAGUGUAACACGUGCAGCGGGGCGUUUAGUCAUAAAUGGAGCUUGGCGGAUCACGAAAGAAUUCAUACAGGAGAGAAGCCGUACAGGUGCAACACGUGCUGCAAGGCGUUCACUAAGAAAACCAACUUGGUAAAUCAUCAGAGGACUCACACCGGAGAGAAGCCGUUCAAGUGCAACACGUGCAGCAAGGCGUUUACUCUGAAACGCACUUUGGCGGAUCACGAAAGAAUUCACACUGGAGAGAAGCCGUUCAAGUGCAACACGUGUAGCAGGGCGUUUAGUCAUAAAUGCAGCUUGGCGGUUCAUGAGACGACUCACACAGGAGAGAAGCCGUUCAAGUGCUAGACCUGCAGUAGAGCGUUUGCGGCUUAUAGCAAUGUACACACUCAUCGGAAGAUACAUCGCAAGUGAUCGAAACAGCAACGUGCAUCAUAGUUGCGGAGGGGAUUUAAACGAAAUACUCGAGCACCGACGUGUGUUCAUUUGGCUUGGCGAUAGACCUGCAGCGGUUCUACUUGCGAGCAGUGUGUGUUUCGCUGGUUCAAAAUGUUUCAGCCUGUUAUUUAUCGAGCAAACGCAGAUAAAAAAUGUGAAUUUACCUUAGUUGAAGCGACCAGAGGUCUUUUUUGUACACGAAAAAAAGAAAAUAUUUGAAGCCUUA